AUGGCUAUUGACAACCGCUCGUCGUCAACGCCUCAAAUACUGAAGGUCAGCGAUCGAGCGGCCUGGGCCGAGGCCCUCAAGAACGAUCGGCCCGUCCUCAUUCACCUCAACGCCGAUACCACAUGGCUCAUUCAACUCCCGCAUCCUGACCCCGAGUCAGCCCCCGAUGGACGGAAGCGCUUCAACAUACUUCUCGACCCUUGGCUGCAGGGUCCUCAGUCCGAUGUGGCGUCUUGGUUCUCGACACAAUGGCAUCUCGUCGAGCCCAGUGUUAAGACCAUGGCCGAGCUGAACUCACUGCUUGCCAGCCUCGAAAACGAAUCUGAUGGAUCAGAUGAUGCUGAGAAAUCUUACAUCGAUGUAGUCACCAUUUCCCACGAAUUUACGGACCACUGCCAUCAGGCGACACUAGAGGAGCUACCCAAAUCUACACCGGUAUUUGCGACCGACAAAGCAGCCGAUCUGAUCCGGUCGUGGAAUCAUUUCGAUUCAGUUACAACAACCCCAGCAUUUUCUUCAUCAACCGAGGAGUGGAGGUCAACUCUUAGCGUCGCUGGUUUGCCAUCUUGGCUGGGUAUCGGCCGCGUCGUUACCGCAGGCAAUGCACUCUAUUACCACUCGGCCGUCAUGAUUGCCUUCGACCUUGGCAACCCAGAAACAAUACUCUACUCACCACACGGCAUCCAAGCUUCAGAUUUGACUUCCGUUCGUGAGUCGGGGUUCUCUACGUUAGCCUUACUUCACGGUCUUCACGACGUUCGCAUCUGGAUGACGAAACAGCUGAAUCUGGGAGCAUUGAAUGGUAUCAAGGCCGUCGGAGAGACUGGUGCAAAAUAUUGGAUAGCGACGCAUGACGAAGUUAAGACGGGCGGCGGUCUUAUUGCACCUCUUCUCGUGAGGACGCGAUAUACCCUCAAAGAAGCUGUCGAAGCUGAGGAAGAGCAGCUAGGGGACAAAGCUCCCGAUUAUGAGUUUGUGGAGCUGGGCUCUGGAGAUGGUCUUCUGUUGAAAUAA